GGGUUAUGCUACAGCGCAUGCUCCAACGAACCCGAGCCCACAGCCAUCAACUCAAAGGAAGAGGUUGUAUGCUCAAAGCUCAAGGCCCCAGGCCCGAUGUCCCUCGCCUUAUCUAUCUUGUCGUUCGCUGCCUUGUUUCGUCGGGCUGCGGCCACAUGACCAGAACCUCGUUCGGCGCCUUUCUUCCUCCACAUCGACUUGCGUCAGCCUCGAAUUUGCGUCCUUUUGCUUUCACCCUCCCCGAUCGUCGGGACACGACAAAUGCCCCAGCCAGCUGUGGUGCUGGUCUUGUGCAAACUUGCUCUGACGUACGACAACUCACUCGCAACUUCAUGCAGCACUUCUCGCCAUGCGCAAACAUAGAUCCGACAAACACAGGCCACGGUCUGAGUGGAGCGAAUGGAUCUGGUCCGAAGAGCAUGAAACCUACUACCAUGGACGACAGCGAUCAAAUGGCGAGUGGUUGUAUGAAGACCAAAAUGGCCAGGCCUUGGGUGGUGCUGCCGCGGAAGACUCUGCAACUCCUCGACAGGAUAUGGACGACCUAGUGCAGGGUUUGAGUACCUUGUCCACCAAUGCCGGAGACGACUCCGAAGCUGAUGAUGGCCUUGGCGAAGCCUCUACCCAACAGACGGAAUAUCAAUUCACCAAUGCAACGCACGAGUCUGAUCGUUCCCGUCGUCAUUGGCAAAAGGGGAAGAACAAGCACGUUUCCUACGAAGCCGUUUUGGAGCAGGAACAGGUCCCUGAGCCGGAGGGCGCGGGCGCCUAUGAACCAAACCCCGGCCCUGAAGUCAACCCAACGUCUGUAUAUGGUGCGCUCGACAUAUCCAACGACCCCGAAAUAGCGCAACUGCUGGAACAAAACCCCGGGCUGUCAACGCUCUAUGCUCAAGAAGGGGCCCCCUCUAGCAGUGGAGCGUAUGCAUCCGUCAUUUCACUCGAUCACCAGGCCGCCCAACAGGAUCACAUUUCAGGCGACGGUCAGGUCGGCGACAGAGAAGUCCUGGACAAACGCUAUAAGGUUCACAAGUCUAAAUACUUUCAGGUUGGCGAGGUGUUCAAAGUGCUAUGGCCAGAACCUAUGGGAGUCAUGCCAGGCGCCGCUACACUUUCUGACAGAGACGCGCUCAGAGAUCGAUAUGGCGGGCUGGUACAUGUCGGUUUUCGAAGAUUCAUUGUGAUAGCGACAGAUGAGGGUCACAGUACUUGUGUGCCCAUCCUUACAUACGGAGGUCAAGGCUGUAGGAAAAGAGGUGUCAAGCCCCGGCACCACGGCAUUAUCUACACGUCAACAAAACCUCUAAUGCUUGAAGGCGAGCCGCCGCUUGGUGCGCCUCCAGCAAAAAUGGAGGUCACGACACGGGGCGAGAAGCUCUCGAAAUCUUCUCGCGCUAAUUACUCCAAGAUGAUGACUGUUGAACACAACGUCAAAGUGAUGUUCAUUGGACGAAUUGGAGCUGACUAUCCAGUUGUCUAUACUGCCAUCAAUGACUGCUGGGACAACAAGGAUCACCACAGGCAGGGCAACGACGAUGGGCCGGCAGCGCAACAUUAA